UUUAAGAAUAACAAAAACUUGACAUCAUGGUCUGAGGAUAUGACACUCGCAAGCUUGCAGAGACAAUAUGUGUUAAGGCUACCACAGUUAUCUUUACUAUGGAAGCAAUCAAAGAUUGCUCAUCGAGCAUAUUUGAACAUUCCAAAAGACGUCAACAUAUACAAUCAUAAAUCUGCUGGUUUUGCCAGAAUAUUAGGGCUCACAGGUUUUGGACAGUGGAUUGUCGUUUCGUAUAUGAGUUUUGUUAUGUAUCAAAAUAUGCCCGCAUUUUUUAAUUGGAUUCCCACCGAUAGAUCGACAGAUAAUAUGUCAACACAGAGUAAAAGAUUACCAUUAGCUGACUGGAAGUACCGCCUUGGUUUUGCUAUAUUUUCUUUUGGUGCAUCUUGCGCAAUGUUGGUCACAACUUACAUGUAUUGUUUUAGGUCUGUUUCCUCAAUUACUCUAUUAAAAGAAAGUCAAAAGGUUUUAUUUACAACCUAUACACCAAUCGGAACAAUUCGGAAUUUUGCGAUAGAUGUGCGAAAUGUUUCAGCGAUUCAACCUAGGGCGGGAAAGAUGACUCAGAUUCCACUAAAGCUUAAAGGCUACCAAUUUCAUUUCCUUGUUGACAAAGCUGGAAGUUUUCCGCACCCUUCGCUAUUCGAUAGAACGGUUGGAGUUAAAAGAGAUUUUGGCAUACAAAAGAAAUAAAAAAAUAAACCACUUUUAAUAUUUUUGUUUCAAGCGAGAAGCAUACACUAUUACUUUGCAAUAUUGUGCUGUACUAAAUGAAUAAAUUGAUGCAAGUGAA